UGAAAGGGAAGAUGGGCAGAGUGUUUACCCCAGUCAGCGCCGGUUGCACGAGGAGGGAACUCGGCUGUAAGAAGGGAGAAGUAGCGAACACUAAAUAUCUCCUCUGCUUUAGUGGAGUAACGAUGGAGGUGGGCGCCAUUCUGUGGCUCCUGACCGUCUCCUCCGGCAUUGGUGCUGAGAAGUUUGUGGUCAGUCAGGACAAGUCCAGCAUUGUUGCCACAGAAGGGGAGACAGUGGUUAUUCCAUGCAGUCACAAUGUCACGAAUAAGGUAUGGUCGUACCACUGGGUCAAGGGAGCCCAAAAUGGAACAGAAGUGACCAAUGAAACAGCAGAGUACAGAGACCGCUUCUUGAGACCUCAAGGGGAUGAUCCCUCCACUAACAGCACAGAUGUUUCCCUGAGACUGAAGUACGUGCGGCUGAGUGAUUCUGCGAUGUACUUCUGCAAGUUAAAGACUAAGGAAUGGGAAAUAUAUGGGGUGGGGACGAAUCUCACAGUGACAGGAAAAAGCAAGAGCUUCACGGUUAUGCAAGGCCAGUCCAGUAUAUUUGCAGGUGAGGGUGAAACGGUCCUCAUGGUCUGUAGCCAUAAUGCCAAUCACUCUGGAGACACCGUGUUCUACAGCUGGUACAGGAACACAUCCGAAGUCUCCAACGGGAUGGCAGAGUAUGCAGGUCGCGUCCUUGGGCCUGACCAGGAGGAUUCCUUCAAAGUUUCCAUUAAGCUGGUGGAUGUGAGGGAGAGCGAUUCUGGAAUGUACUACUGCAAAGUACAGAUAGACGGGAUUGGUGAGGAAAUCGGAGAAGGAGUACGGCUAACCGUUAGUCACACAGGAAAAAGCAAGAGCUUCACGGUUACGCAAGGCCAGUCCAGUAUAUUUGCAGGUGAGGGUGAAACGGUCCUCAUGGUCUGUAGCCAUAAUGCCAAUCACUCCAGAGACACCGUGUACUACAGCUGGUACAGGAACACAUCCGAAGUCUCCAACGGGACGGCAGAGUAUGCAGGGCGCAUCCUUGGGCCUGACCAGGAGGAUUCCUUCAAAGUUUCCAUGAAGCUGGUGGAUGUGAGGGAGAGCGAUUCCGGAAUGUAUUACUGCAAAGUACGGAUAGGCGGGAUUGGCGAGGAAAUCGGAGAAGGAGUACGGCUGACCGUGAGUCACACACGAAAAAGCAAGAGCUUCACGGUUACGCAAGGCCAGGCCAGUAUAUUUGUAGAUGAGGGUGAAACGGUCCUCAUGGUCUGUAGCCAUAAUGCCAAUCACUCCAGAGACACCGUGUACUACAGCUGGUACAGGAACACAUCCGAAGUCUCCAACGGGACGGCAGAGUAUGCAGGGCGCAUCCUUGGGCCUGACCAGGAGGAUUCCUUCAAAGUUUCCAUGAAGCUGGUGGAUGUGAGGGAGAGCGAUUCCGGAAUGUAUUACUGCAAAGUACGGAUAGGCGGGAUUGGCGAGGAAAUCGGAGAAGGAGUACGGCUGACAGUGAGUCACACAGGAAAAAGCAAGAGCUUCACGGUUACGCAAGGCCAGUCCAGUAUAUUUGCAGGUGAGGGUGAAACGGUCCUCAUGGUCUGUAGCCAUAAUGCCAAUCACUCUGGAGACACCGUGUUCUACAGCUGGUACAGGAACACAUCCGAAGUCUCCAGCGGGACAGCAGAGUUUGCAGGGCGCGUCCUUGGGCCUGACCAGGAGGAUUCCUUCAAAGCUUCCAUUAAGCUGGUGGAUGUGAGGGAGAGCGAUUCUGGAAUGUACUUCUGCAAAGUACAGAUAAAUGGGAUUGGCGAGGAAAUCGGAGAAGGUGUAUGGCUGACAGCAAACUGA